AUGGUUACAGACAGGCAAACCAAACUCAUAUGUCUUGAGAUUGAGAAAGUGGAGAUAUCACUAGAACCAGGAACAUACAUCAAACGUUCAGCCACUAGUCUUGCUUCCAGCCAUCGCUGUGGAACCAUUGGGGCAGGCAGCCACGCCGGCCUUGCGAGCCGAGACCGCAUCGGGACCAACCAGACCACCAUGACCAUAUCCUUUGGUCUCACAGCCGUUGGCAUUCUCUGGUCUAUCGUCUCAAUCAUAGCAACGAUGGCCUCCUCUAUCGGCCUCUUUAUGCCUUACUGGAUGCGUGGCCAUAUGUUCAAUGGAACUCUUCCCGUCCAUUUCGGUGUCUUCCGUCGGUGUAACUACCCGACAGCGCCCAACAACUACGUCUUUGACUGUGGACAUUAUACAACCUUUGGGGACAUACCCACGUUGACGUGGAAGAUUUGUACCAUAGUAAUUGGACUUGCUUGUAUUUCAUCUAUGUUUGUUGGACUAACGUCAUUGUUAGCGUGCUGUAUGAGAGACUUGGUCACGCGGAAAGUUGGAAAAGUUUGUGGAGUUAUUCAAUUCAUUGCAGGAUUUACCGAAGAGAGGGAAAAUGCGUUAUCUAAAGGAUAUUGA